AUGUCAUUGAUUAGCAAGUACAAUCCAGAGCGCCGGGAAGUUCUGCCCAGACCAGACGCAUCUGGCCUUUCAGGGCACGAGGAGAUGUAUGGAGCCAACAGGGCCCGGGACCACGAUUGCUGGAUGCCCACUUCGAACCAGACGGCCGCUGCGCGAGCGCCGAGGUGGGGGACGAAGCCGCAGAAGCCAGAUCCACCUGUCGGCGUAAAUACGGGACUCUUGACUCGAAAUCACAAUCUCUCUCUUCGCAUUGUAAACCAGCAUCGUGGCAUUCGUCCCCAAGCCGCUGGCAGGGACACACGGUGGCGGGCUGACAACACCCACCGUCAAGACUCCAGUAACAAUAUAGAUACCCAAGAAAGUGCCGUGGGAGAGACGCUGCCAGGAGAGAUGACGGAAGCUGUUGCUUCGACUCCGACAACCAUCAGCGUACGGGUGUUGCUCCGCUCUGCGCUGCUGGCACGACAAGCGGCAGCGCAGCAGCGCAGCAGCAAAUACCCGCACAGCCAGGCGUUUGAAAAGGCAAUGUCAUCUGCGUAUGCUAUGUGCUAUGUACAGGCGGCCUCUGCUUCAGAAAACAACGCCGGCUGA